AUGGCGAAAGACGAGCUCACUCCCGUCAUCAUUGGUGUCGGAGAUAUCAUCAAUAAAUCGCUUGAAGUCGAAGAUGCCUCGGAGCCAGCUGUACUGAUGAAGCAAGCCAUCCUGGAGGCUCUCAAAGACAUUAACCUCUCAACUGACAAACAAGAUGCAUUAAUGUCCUCUGUUGACGAGUUGAGUGUCGUGGCUACCUGGACCUGGCCAUACCCAGACCUACCAGACUAUCUGUCCAAGCUGUUGAAGAUCAAUCCCGCUACUCGCCACUUGAGUGAACACGGAGGCAAUUCACCAUGUCAAUUAUUGGAUGAAGCUGCUCGUCGCAUAGCAAAGGGCGAGACCAAGGUCGCUAUUGUGACUGGUGGAGAAGCUUUGGCAUCAUUGCGGUCUUGCGGAAUGGCAAAGAAGAUGCCACCACCUGGUUGGCCUGCCCCUGACCCAAACACACCGGGCUCGUUGCACAAGAUAGGACUGCCCAUUCACAUCUAUCCUCUGUAUGAGAAUGGCUUCCGUGCCAAAAGGAAACAGUCCAUUCGCGCCAAUCAUGAAGAAUCCGCAGCACUGUACGCUCAGUUUGCUGAAGUGGCAAAAGAGAAUACUCUCGCGUGGAAUCAUGGAAAGGCUGCUUCAAAAGAGGACAUUGGCACCGUGUCCAAGAAGAACAGAAUGAUUUGCUUCCCUUAUCCUCUUCUCAUGAACGCGUUCAACACUGUCAAUCUCGCGGCCGCUUGUAUAGUCACCUCCGCUGCACAAGCCAAAUCUCUAGGAGUACCAGAGUCCAAAUGGGUUUACCCCUUGAGUGGCGCUGAAAGUGCUGUAGACCCCGAUUUCUGGAAACGGUCUUCUUUUGACUCGGCACCCCACAUUAGCGCCAGUAUUGAUCUUGCUCUCAAGAAUGCCGGACUGCAAAAAGGACAGCUUGACUUAUUCGACUUUUACUCAUGCUUCCCUGUAGUGCCUAAGUUUGCCAGUCACCAUCUUGGCCUACCUAUUGGUCCUUCCGACAACCCAGUCACGCUCCUAGGCGGUCUGACCUCUUUCGGUGGUGCUGGUAACAACUAUUCCAUGCAUGCUUUGACAGCCAUGACCCGAGAGCUGCGCAAAGGCACAAAGAAAACUGGACUGGUGUUGGCUAAUGGUGGUAUUUUGACCCACCAAAACGUGAUCAUUCUGGCCAAGCAGCCGAACGAGGGGACUGUACCGUACGCCGAUCAGAAUCCUCACGUUGAAAUAAAUCUCCCGAUUCCUUCAUUCGUUGAGAAGGCACAAGGGCAAGCAACAAUUGAGGCCUACACGGUACAAUUCGACCGCAACAACAAGCCGCAGCUCGGCUACAUUGUGGGAAGACUGGAGUCUGGCGACCGACCACGCUUUAUCGCGAAUCACGGUGACGAGGUCACGCUGGCUGAGUUGAGCAGUAUGGACAAGGAACCCAUUGGACGCAAAGGCACAGUCUCUCAGGCGUCUGAUGGCAGAAACCUCUUCUUCCUGGACGCACAGUCUCGUUUGUGA